AUGAACUCUCAAACACCGACGAAAGACCAUAGUAGUUUUAUGCCUUUAAUAUUAUCUAAAUUGUUUCGACUGUCUCAUUCUUUACUUUUUGACCCUGCAUUUUUUUGGUUCACUGCCGCCUGUCUGCUUAUUGGAGAAGCGUUACUGAAUAUAUUCAUAAUUAAAUAUGUUCCAUGUAAAUAUGAUCCCGCUGAAAUUCAUACGGAAAUUGAUUGGAAAGCAUAUAUGAAAGAAGUCUCGAUAUUUUUGAACGGAGAGAGAAAUUAUACAAACAUUCAAGGUGAUACUGGUCCAUGUGUUUAUCCCGCUGGUUUUGUGUAUAUAUAUUCUAUUCUGUACUAUAUAACUUCGGAAGGUGUUGACAUUCCAAAGGCACAGUACAUAUUUGCUAUAUUAUAUAUGUGGACAUUGUAUGUUGUUUUUAACAUUUAUCGUAGAUGUCGACAGGCUUUUGAAUUUUCGCGUGUAUUUUUAUACAAAUGGACAGUAAACUGGAAAUUUUUCAUGGAAGAAACGUUCCUUAGCAGCGGGUUUUCUAAAGUUCUCCUGGUUGCUCACGUUUGGGUCUUACUAGCCUUUUUGUUUGGUAGUUGGUGUCGCUCUGAUGACGGUGUGCCUCGUCUGUUGCAUCUUGGAUUUUUUGGAAAGCCUUCUGAAAUUGCUAAAAGGACAGUCACAGCUGAUCAAUACUGUUGGAAUGUUUAUCCUGCUACAAGCGAAAGUUCUUCUUUACUUUUUGCUUGCCAUCUGAUGAUAUUGAUGGGAUUGUGGAGUGGUGAUUCAGAAGGAAGGCGAAUUGCUGAUAAAAACUAA